AUGUGGUCCGGGUUUGAUAAGGGUGGCAGUGGCAAGCUUGAUGCGGCCAGCAACAGCCAGCAGGAAACGUUGGCCGAUAUCGAGCACAUUUCGACGAUCGCCGGCUCGCUCGGCAGCAUCGGGACGAUCUCCCAGUCCGCGGACGGCGAACCGGUUUACGAGACGGACCACACCGAUCUCAACUCCGAGUACGACGAGGUGGAGCUGCGCCGGGAGCUCAUGAAGGACAAAUGGCGUCAAUUGUUCGAUGCGUUCGAUCCCGAAGGGUUUGGCGAAAUUCCCGUCGACGACUUUGUCGCAGCGCUCAAAUCGCCGGAAUUUCUCGCUAACGUUCCGCCCAACAAGCGUGACAUACUGUACGACCGGGCGCUGAAAGCGAAGACCUCCAAGGUGGAGUCCAUCUCGUUCCAGGACUUUGUCAAUGUGAUGAGCGGCAAACGUUCGCGUAGCUUCAAGUGUGCCGUACAUCAUCGCGAUCGCGAGGUUUGUUCCGAGAACGAUUUUCAUCUGCUCUUCGAAGAUCCACCACUGUUCCGCAGGAUGGUGCACGUAAUUGCGAUGGAGGUGCUGCCCGAGGAGCGGGAUCGAAAGUAUUAUGCAGACAAUUAUUCAUGCUGUCCGCCUCCGUUAUUUGUGAUAUUAGUUACAUUUGUCGAGCUCGGAUUCUUCGUGUACCACUCACUCACGCUGGGUCCGGCAGAUCCGGCCGGCCCGGUUCCGAUCGACUCGAUGUUCAUCUAUCGGCCAGACAAACGGCAAGAGGUGUGGCGGUUUCUACUGUACAUGGUGCUACACGCAGGGUGGUUCCACUUAGGGUUUAAUCUAAUUAUCCAACUGCUGGUUGGGCUACCGCUGGAGAUGGUGCACGGCUCCGCAAGGAUAGGAUGCGUGUACCUAGCGGGCGUCCUGGCCGGAUCGUUAGGCACCAGUGUGUUCGAUCCGGAAGUGUACCUCGUGGGAGCGAGCGGAGGCGUGUACGCGCUGCUGGCCGCCCAUCUAGCCAAUGUUAUGCUAAACUACCGCAACAUGCAGUACGGUGUCCUCCGGUUGCUGGCGAUAUUCCUAUUCGCUUCCUGUGAUGUGGGGUUCGCAAUCUACUCCCGGUACGCGGUGGAACCGGCCAGCGGGGCGCCGACGGUAUCGUACGUGGCGCACCUCACCGGGGCCCUGGCCGGGCUUACCAUCGGGCUGUUGGUGCUGAAAAACUUUGAACAAAAGCUGCACGAGCAGCUGCUGUGGUGGGUGGCCCUCGGCGUGUACGCCGCCUGCACGAUCUUCGCCAUCGUGUUCAACCUGCUCAACACCGUCACCGUGCAGCGGCUCGAGGAGGAAAGCGAAGAGGUGUUCAAGCAGCAUCUGUUCACCAACUUUGGCUUCUAA